GGAGCUUGUGUCGAGUAGAGCCAGUGCUGAACUGUUAUGAUGUGUCAAUAAGUUAAAAAGGUGGACGGCACCAAUGAUGAGAGGGCCCCCUCGGUACUUGAGCAGGAUAUUAGAGGUCAUCGUCAUUGCAUGACAAAGGCUGUGGCAGAUUCAUCUUCAUCACUCAUACAGCAUUUCCAUAGUUUAUUCUUCAGUGCGGUAGUACCAUGAAAGGUGGAGGAAGGGGUAAGGAACCGUCUGUUGCAGGGGAGGUCACUGGCAAGCGCCCCAAACGCAAAUGCCUGCAGUGGCACCCACUCCUCUCCAAAAAGGCUCUGGAUUUCUCUGAGGAGGAAGAGGAAGAGGAUGAAGAGGAGCUGGAGAAGCAGCCGGUGCUGUGUGAUCAGGACCAGGGGUCACAGGUGCAGUGUGGAAGCACAACAGAGGAAGCGGAGGAGGACUCGAACGAACAGCGGGCUAGACGGCCGAUGAACGCCUUCCUCCUUUUCUGCAAACGCCACCGUUCCCUGGUGAGGCAGGAGCACCCUCGUCUGGACAACCGCGGGGCCACUAAGAUCCUGGCUGACUGGUGGGCAGUGCUGGAGCCCAAGGAGAAGCAGAAAUACACUGACAUGGCUAAAGAGUACAAGGAUGCCUUUAUGAAGGCUAAUCCAGGCUACAAGUGGUGUCCCACCACCAGCAAACCAGUGAAGAGCCCUUCAUGUCAGCCAGUCGGCAACCCCCGCAAAAAAGUAUGGUCCUUCUCUUCCAACUCAUCCAAGGACUCGACCACUGCCAAAAAAGUGCCCAAAAGUGACAGCAUGCCUCAGUUAAACUUUGCCAUGGCAGAUCCUACAAAGAUGGGAGGCCUUAGCAUGCUGCUGUUAGCCGGGGAACACGCCCUCACAAACAGAGAGAUCCCUUCCAGCACUAAACCUAGUUUACCAGACACAGCCAGUGAAGGGAACUCCUUUCCAGAUGAUAAAGUAGAGAUUUUGUCUGGGACAACACUGAACAGAGUGCCUGACAUCACUGAAAGCAGGGUCACAUCUGCCCUUUCCCCACUGGCAGAGUCGUCUGUAUCUGCGGCACCUGAAGGAAAACCAUGCAGACAGUCCGCUCUCUUCCAGCUGGCUGAGAUGUGUUUAGCAUCUGAAGCUGGAAAGAUGGACACAGUGGUGUCUCAGCCAGAGGACAGCUCUUCUUCAGCCUCUCUCCAGCAAACUACAGUCAAGCCUGAGAUCAAGGAGGAGAAAGAGAAAACAGAAACGGACGACUGUCCUCCCUCCUCUCACACUGCAGCCCUCUUACCUUCGCUCUCCUCUGUCACUUCUACCUCCACUGAUGCCAUUCCCCCACAACUCAGCAGCCAAAAUGCACGUGUCAAAAAGAAGAGCAAGAAAAAAGAGGCGAGCAAGUCAAAUGACAACGAAGAAACCCCUUGUUCAGCAAAGAAGAUCAUCAAGAAGUGUGACCCCGCCGAAUCAAACAUGGACAGUGUCUUCAGUACGAUUGAGGCUGUGGCAAAGGGUGUCUGGAAGGACACGGAGGAGAAGCCCAAGAAGAAGAUCCAGAGCAGUCCUGCUGUUGCCUGUGGAAACUCUGGUUUGCCCAAAAAGAAGAGCAAACCCAAAGUCAAGACCUGUGUCAAAGAAAAAGAGGAGGCGAUGGAUGAGAGCAGCGAGCAGUGUGGGCAGCACAGCUCCUCUGAGGUGGAGAUGAAGGAAGAGAUGACUGACGUUAGCCCCAAGACAGAAAUAGAAGAAACAAGUAUAGAAAGCACAGAACUUCAGGGCAGCAUGGCAGAACCCCAAAACUCCCCCCCCGGCAGCCCUUCACCCACUAAGCUCAGAGAGGAGGACAAGGGGAAGGACCGGUCGAGCGAAGCGGAGUGCAGCACAGAGAGCCGUGGCUCCAGGAAGUCAGAGAGGAGCUGCAAAGGCGCCUUGUACAAGACCCUGGUUUCUGAAGGGAUGCUGACAUCACUGAGAGCCAAUAUUGACAGAGGUAAAAGAGGUGCUCUCCGUGCCUCUGAUCACGAUGCAAACUGGAGUGAUGACAGCUGGACGGUGGCUCAGAUGGGACCUAAUAACCCCAAGAAGCUGAAAAAGUCCAAGUCCAAAGAUGAAUCUUCACAGGGCCUAGGGAAACUGGAGGAAGAGUUUGAAAAGAAGUUUAACAGCCUACCACAGUAUAGCCCAAUGACAUUUGAUAAGAAGGGGACUGCUGUCUCAAAGAAGAAGAAGACGGACAGCCCCUCUGUUCAAGAGGACGCCUCCAAAACCUGCAAAGGGCCAUCUCCAUCUCAGAAAAAGACUUCAUUCCACAAGAUUGUUAGGAAGCACAAACACAAAAAGGAGAAACCAGGUGCAGUGGAAAAAGCAGUGGGACAGAGUGAUUCCACCAUGCCGGACUCAGCUUCAAAAGCCAAAUCAUGUGCCCCCAUUGCCAUAAUGUGCCCAGAUGUACAGGGCACCACUAGUAUGGAGAUGCUAGUUGGUAGCCAGAAGAGGAAGGCUAGGAAGACCAAGAUCACACACUUGGUGCGCACAGCUGAUGGCAGCGUGUCUCCAGCCGAAGAGGACAAAAUGAGGGACCUCAACCAGGAACAGGAGAAGAAGCCAUUACCCCAACAGAAUUUAUGCAAUGAAAAAGGGUGCUACAGUAAUCCCACAGCAGAGGAGGCAGAGAGGAGCAGCGUACCACAGGAGCUACCUGCUUUCUUCAGCCUGGCAGCCCUCGCUGAGGUGGCAGCCAUGGAGAAUGCUCACAGAGGGCAGAGAGGCCUGGCUGAGAGUCAGAAGAAAGAGCUCGCCCAGACUCAAGUCCUCAUCUCCUGCGCUGAUCAGUGAGACUCUGCUGCUGUUAGGAGAAGCCACAACACGGACACUGGCAGUGGAGCUUUACUUUCCUCAGCGGGGGGGAGCCCACUCUGACGGGAGACUUGAUCAGGAAGCUUUGGACAGACUCCACCUUUUCCCCCUGUGUGGUGAAUUUGAUUGAGCUCGGGUUCACGGUGGGGGGAAAGAGACCCUCUCCUCCUCCUCCUCCUCCCCCUCCUCCUCCUCCUCCUCCUCCUCCUCCUCCUCCCUGCUCCUCGCUAUCUCAGUGUUUCCCCCUGAAGCCUUCCUUUGGUUAGAGGGAGGAUGCCUUUCUGAACUCCUCUCAACCCCCCUCUUAGAUGCUCAGUUAAGGCCUGUGGAAGAACCACGCUGUCCCCCCCAGUGCAUGGGUUCCUUUAGAGAUGAUUGUCAUGGGUUUAUCGUACAACGUUUUGUCAAAUAGAGGCCGUUUUUAAGGUCAAGUCUUGCAAUUAAAAAAAAAAAGCAUUUUAGGUAGGGAAGAACCCCAAACACUGCAUUGGUUUUCUAGACAAACUCAGCUUUCUGUCACCUUUUUACCUCACACACACACCUACUGAAGAGUUCCCUCCACCUCUGGUAGAAUACCUCUGUAUUUGAAUAGCUCUUAUCCCUUCCACUCCUUCCAGCUUCAACCCAAAAUGACUUUAACCAGGGUAAAUGAUCAUGAUGGAUAUACUUCCAUUACCAACUUACUGCUUAGUGUUUCCCUGUGGUACACGAAAUGUGGUGUACUCAGACUAUGAAGAAACCACGGUUGAGUAUUUGAUAUGUACGUUAAGAUGAUGCUACUGUAAAACAGUAUGUGGUAGCUACAAAUAAUCAUGUUAGACUGAAUGUGUAAGAGUUAGACCUGUGCAUCCCUUUGCAUCAGAACUAGAGUUUGACUAUAGCUGAGGAUGUUUGUCUGUCCUGUCCAUCCUUCAUUAGUAGGUUCAGAGAGUCCCUGUCCGCUUUAAGAGACAGUAGGUCAGCUUCAAAACUGCUUCCUGUGACAGGGAGGUGGUGUGAAAUUUGAUUAAUAUAUAUAUAUAUAUAGCCUUAACCCUCCCACCACCCACACCCUCUCUGCCACCACCAGCUUCUUGCUCGACGCCAUCACAGUCCUGAAAGUCAGUUUGUUUUUUUUUGAAUAGUGAAAUGCAGUUUUUUGUCAAUACUUGAUAUUAUUGCAGUUUGCGUAGCGGUUAGGUUAAUUCCUUGUGUGCAAAUUAUUUUAUUGAAUAGGUGUUUUUUUUAUUUUUUAUUUGUUUAUUGUGUAAACACUGCACUAAUUCAUAGCUAAAGUGUGAGUUGCUCUUAGGAGGGUAAUAAAAUGCCUCGUCUCCAUCAGUCACAGUGUUCUUACACCAUAGCCUGUCUGUGUCCAUGGUGUCUUUAAUGUCCUCAGGACCUGGCUAAAGUCAGCCAACAGCUCCAACAUAAAGGAUCAGGAGUCUGUCAACUCUAAAUGGAUUAUAUGUUUUAUGAAAUGGAUUUAUACGUGUCUCAUAAAAUGAGAAAUUAAAAAAAAAAAAGAGAGAAAUUUAAUUUUCUAUUUUAUCAUAUUUCAUGCAGAGACAACAUGUUGAGCUAUGCUAUGGUUCUUUUCAGAGCUAGUGGAGAUGAGGCAUUUCAUCAUGUUUUCCCCUUUUAUUCCUAUCAGCCUUUUGAGAUUUUAUUGCCAAGUAAUGGUCUACUCAGAGGUCACAUGUAAUCAAUGUUUUGAUCUUUUAGAAGUAUUUAUAUUUAGAGCUUUUUUUAAUUUUAUUUUGUUUUGUAAAUAUUUGGUCAGAAUCAUUCCAUUUCAACGCCUCUGUACGGGCCAUACUUUUGUUUACAGUCAAUCAGCUGUAGUAGUCGUGAGGAAAAAGAAGGAAGGAAGCGGUUAAAGCUGGUUUGUUGUCUUCCUGAGAGUUGGUGAAACCUGGAAGAGUUGCCACAGGCUAACAGAGGUUCACCGAGAGCCAGACUCCCCCAGCAAUACCCCCUCACCUCCUUACCCAGCAGCCUUUUUCUGCCUCUGCGUAGACCAAUACUUAACCAAUCACAUUUUCCAUUCAGUCACGUCUAUAACUUUUAUAACUCUUUGUUUUCUAUUUGAUUGUUUCUCUGUUUUAAAGCUGUGUGUUUAUGAUGCUCUUUUUAACUAGGUCCUCAUUAUAAACUUUUUUUCCUGAGGUCAAGUUUUCUGGAUUAAGACUGUUGUUUAAAAAAAAAAAGAAAAAAAAAAAAGAGAUGAAGCUCAUAGACGAUGAACGCAUCAAUGCUUAACCUGCUAAGCAAACAGGCACUGACGUCAAACGCACCGUCUCUACACAAUGAGCUUGUCUUUUCUCCUCUGGAGUGUCACUGUUUCUUAGUUAUGUGCUAAGUUGUGUUUAGAGUGCUUUCAGACACACAGGACAGAAAAAAAGAAAUGAAUGGGUCUUAAAGAACUCAUGCGUCUUGAAAUAGAGUAUUUUUCCUAAAUCACGGCAUUGUUACAUAGUAAUAGUGUUUUGCUAAUGGAGGCCCUUUGUGUGCAAAUAGUACAGAACAUGCAACAAAUGUAUGAUUCCUCUAAAUUUGUCCUUUACAAUCCAACAAACCAACUGCAAACAUUUCCCCCGUUAAUCUGAAGGGAACCACUGUAUGCUUAACGAUAAUCCUGAUAAUAUACGGUAUUUAUAUAUUUUUUCAGAUAAGAGAGAAAGUUACAUAAAGGAUGAUGUCAUCCGAGCAGUAAACUGUAUAGUUCUUCCACCGGUGGACAUCAGUAUAGUUCUUUGCAAAGACAAAGAAAUUGUCUUCCCCCAAAAUAGACAGAAUAUAUUUGCUUAUAGCAAGUGAGUUUAUUGACAUUUGCCAAAGAAAAGGGAAAGAUAUAUUCAAAUGGAAAAUCCUGCUCAAAAAAAAAAAAAAAAAAGAAGGACAGCUUAGAAUAACAGUUGCACUGCAUUUUCAAGGUGUGUAAAAUCUUCAGGUAACAAUAUCAGCACAAUUCAUCCUGUGUAUCUAAUGGGAUUUCCUCGGUGUUUGAAUCCAGAGUUGGAAUGAUGUGCAACAAAAGGGCACCACUCAAUGCCUCUUUUAAUAUACAGUAUUUGCACCUUAUGACCCAAACCAAAAUGAUCAUGGUCUUUGAAGAAAAUAUAUAAUUUUUACCCUCUCUACGGAAAUUAUGCAUUUUAAACUAUUAUAUAUGCGAGAAUCCAGUCAAUAACAAAUCCACACAUCUAUAAAACAGCCAUAAUACUGUCAUCUCCCCAUCCCCUCACUUUUUCUAUCUAGAAAAUGCUUCUAUAAAGUUGAAAUUCCUAUAUUAGUUACCUAAAUGACUAUAAUACCCUUUUGUGCUAGUACUGUCUUCUUGAAUGUAAUCAUUUUGUACCUGUAUUUUUCUAAUUCAGUCUUGAUUGUACUGUAUGUAUGCUAUGAUGGUAUACUGUUCCUUAGGUGCAUAGUUCGUUAACAACCAACAGUUCUCACAACAAGAUAGCUGCUGAGCUGCGAACUCAAUGGAAACACGUGUGGAGGCUUUCUGUACCAUAGAGCAUCCAUUAGACUGAGAGCUUGAGAGAUUCUUGCAUUCUGAGUGAUGGGACAAUAGCUAAACCUGCUAUUUCUUUUUUUUUUCUUCUUCUUCUUUUUUUUCUCCCUUUGCAGUAAAAGUGAAAGUCUGUUCAGGACAGUUUAUAAAACAGGGACGCUCCUGCAAUCAGAUAGAACAAUUGAAUGCUUGAGUUUCAACUUAUUUAUUGCUGUUCCUUUUUAUAGGUUUAGUCAAAUAAAGAAAACUGAAUAUACAA